AUGCUGCACCAUACAAUCACCCCAACAACAAUCGAAUACGAAGAUACGGUCGAAAUCGAUCCUGUUUUUGAUGAAGAAGUAUAUAAUACAAACUCCGAAGAUGAAAUUGAUGAUGAUAAGCUUGGUUUGCUCACUGAUGUGUGUAAUUCUAUUUCUAAGCCAUCAAAUGUAGGAGAUAAUUUUUUACAAAUUGAUGGUAAAAUUAUCAAUUUGAAAGAAAAUGAAUAUAUAAUUCCGAGAGGAAAUGUUCACAAAGUAACAACGAAUCAGCAGCAAUUGAGAUUUAAUAAUUAUUUCUACAGCAAGCACAAAACAUUUGCUCACUGUAUUACCUAUAAGAUUGAAUGUUUACAAGAUUUGUACACCAGACAAGAUCUAUCAUGUACUAAAUCUCAAGAUCAAUUUGUAAGAUGGGUACAAGGUUUUCCACAUUUCCUUCUUAUUUAUGGAUCCAAUUACCAAAUUAAUAUCUUAAAAGAAGUGACUGAGGAAGAUCAAAUCUAUGUUGAUGGAACUUUUGACGUGUGUCCUAAAGGUUGCGAGCAAAUGAUUACUAUUCAUGUAAGGAAAAAGGGAAUGGAUGCGGCUGUUCCUGUUUUAUUUAUUUUCGCACAAGCUAAGUCAGAAAUAUUCUAUACAUAUUUGUGGAUGGUGAUUGCAAACUUAAUUGUACCUGAAUUAUUGCAAUUUCGAAAAUUAUUUGUUGCUUGUGAUUUUGAGCAAGCUAUGCACAAAGCUCUUAGAAUUAUUUUCCCAGAUGUAGAAAUUGUUGGAUGUCAGUUCCAUCUCUUGCAAGCAGUGUCAAGAUGGAUAAGAAGAGAAUUACCUGCGAACAAUCCACUAAGAAAUAGAGAACUUCUUAAGACCUUUAAAUCAGAACUAAAAGACCUUGCACGAACUAUAAUGACUGAACAAAUGUUCAACAUCAAAAAGGAGGAAUUUUUAGCAACAUGGAGAAGUGUUGCAGGUGAAAAGUUGUCGAGGUAUCUUGUUAGAACUUGGUUUGGAGAUUUGUCCACUAAUGCACUAUUUGCUCCAAAUAUUUGGGCUCUUACAUUCAAAUCAAGAAUACAAGAUUUAGAUUUGAAAAAUAAUCAAGCUGAAAUAUUUCAUUCUCGUUUAAAUUUAAAAUUUGCAAGCAGACCUGGACUAAAAAGAUCAGUGAAUAUUCUACAAGAACUUGAACUUGAAAUAACUAAUAAUGAAAUUGCUAACAAACAAAAGAAAUUGACUACAACUCUAGCACUUCCUGACAAUUCUAUCAACAACGUCAAAAAGAGAACCAACCCUUUCGGUGGCUUGCAACUGGUUAAUAAUGAUAAGUCCAAGAGAAAGAAAAUCACAUUUUCAAACAUCUCUAACACACCAUCUACAGCACUUGCUACAACCAACAUUUCAAAGAGUCAACCUAUUAGAAAUAUUACACUUCAGAAUGAGCCUCUUUCACUUCCCUCACCUGAAUCAUCCAACACAAAUCAAGGUCAAAAUUCAUCAUAUCCAAAUAUUACUCAAAACACAUCCAAUACCAGUUUAAUUUUCGAUAUGUAUAACCCUAACCAGCCAAAGAAAAGAGGAAGAAAACCAAAAUCAACGCCAAACCAACCUUCUCAAUCUUCCCCAACACCAAAUCAAACUUCAUCAAUUAAUAUGACAACUAUUCCUGCAUUACUUCCACCUUUACAGCAGCCUCUACUUCCUCAAUACCCACCAUAUCCUCAAUAUUCAUUAACUCCUCAAUUUCCUCCAUUCAUUCCAACCAACAAUAUUUAUAAUCAAACAACAUUGAAUUACCAAACUAAUGCAACAAUAGCUCCUCCAGGUAUAUUAAGAUGA